AGCCCGGGCCGAGCCGAGCCGAGCCGAGCCGCUGCUGCUCCCCAGCAGGGUGUGUGUGCGGGGAGAGCCCUUCCCUAGCGCCCCUCUGUGCCCAGCCGGGGGAACUUUCUCCGGGGACCGGAAUCAGCCCCUGGGGCAGCCCCGGGCUCUGCCGACACCAGCCCCUGAGCCGGAGUCUGCAGGUGAGGGGCGAGACCCGGGGGAAAGGGCUGGGGCCGGGCAGGAACGUGACUCUGCACCGUCGGCGCCUCCUCGCCCCAGCUCUGCUCCCGGGGGGGGCGGGGGUCUGCGAGUCCCAGAGCUGCUGCCCUCCCUGACCCCCCCAGGCUCUGCCCCCCUGAGCGCCUGCAGGAGCCGAGCUAGCUCCGGAAGUUUAUAACACCAACGCCUCUGUAUGUGUGUGUCCAUUUGUGUGUGUGUUUCUCUUUGUCAUUCGACUGCCUGGAAGCAGCCCCUUGGGCUCUAGUUAAUCUAAAAUAAGGAUUUCUGGUUCCCCAAUGCAAAGUGAUCUCACUGAUGGAUGGAGGGGAGGAUCCCCAGGUCCCCAGUCUCCAGGGCUCUGAGGAACAGGAGAUCCCAAGGAGCACCCGCACAGCAGGUGAUAGGACGGUGAGUGAGACCAAGGAGGAGAACCCUCAGCAGGAAGGUCCGGAGCAAGUGGAACCGCAGGGGGCGCUGUCGGGAUAUGCUGAAAGGAACAUUCCCCAGAAUCCUGGGCAGGGAGAAGCCCAUGAGAGUCAGCAGGGAAACCAGCUGGAGGAGAGACGGGGUGAAUCCGCACACCAUGUGGGAGCUCUCAAGCACAGCAUGGGUGGUAGGACGCUGCCCGUAGGCGAGAACCAGAGCACCUGCACUGAAUGUGGGAAGCAGUUCAGCCGGAGCUCGUAUCUGGUGCAGCACCAACGGGUGCACACGGGGGAGCGUCCCUAUGCCUGCGCCACCUGCGGGAAGAGCUUUGCUGUCAGCUCUGCCCUGCUCCGGCACCAGCGCACUCACACAGGUGAGCGGCCCUACCAGUGCCCCGACUGCCAGUGCAGCUUCAGCCGCAGCUCCCACUUGACGCGGCACCAGCGCUGCCACACACAGGAGGGGCCCUGCCAUGGGGUUGGCUUGCCGGGUGAGCGCCCCUUCGCCUGCCUGGACUGCUGGCGGACAUUCAGCCAGAGCUCGGACCUGGUGCAGCACCAGCGGGUGCACACGGGCGAGCGCCCCUAUGCCUGCACCGACUGUGGGAAGAUCUUUGGCCGCAGCUCACACCUGCAGCAGCACCGGCGCACACAUACUGGGGAGCGCCCCUACGCCUGCCAGGAUUGUGGGCGCUGCUUCAGCGAUGGCUCCUACCUCAUCAAGCACCAGCGCACCCACACUGGCGAGAAGCCCUACACCUGCUCUGACUGCGGCAAGGGUUUCAGCGUCAGCUCCCAGCUGGUUCGGCACCGGCGCGUCCACACUGGGGAGCGGCCCUACGCCUGCUGGGACUGCGGGAAAAGUUUCAGCCAGGGCACAGACCUGGCCACCCACCAGCGGUCCCACACGGGUGAGCGCCCCUACACCUGCCCUGACUGCGGGAAGGGCUUCAGCGACAGCUCCUCCCGCAUCCGACACCACCGGCUGCACAUCCAGGAUGCCCCGUGAUGGGCUGGUCGUGUGAUGCACUGUCAAUAUUACCCUGGCACCUAGGACCGGGCCUCUG